AUGCCAGCCCUGAUACCAGCCCUGAUACCUGCCCUGAUACCUGCCCUGAUACCAGCCCUGAUACCUGCCCUGAUACCCGCCCUGAUACCUGCCCUGAUACCAGGCACAGCCAACCACCGCACGGACAGGCUCCACUACACAGCCAACCACCCCACAGACAGGCUCCACUACACAGCCAGACACCCCACAGACAGGCUCCACUACACAGCCAACCACCCCACGGACAGGCUCCACUACACAGCCAACCACCCCACAGACAGGCUCCACUACACAGCCAACCACCGCACGGACAGGCUCCACUACACAGCCAACCACCCCACAGACAGGCUCCACUACACAGCCAGACACCCCACAGACAGGCUCCACUACACAGCCAACCACCCCACAGACAGGCUCCACUACACAGCCAGACACCCCACAGACAGGCUCCACUACACAGCCAGACACCCCACAGACAGGCUCCACUACACAGCCAACCACCCCACGGACAGGCUCCACUACACAGCCAACCACCCCACAGACAGGCUCCACUACACAGCCAACCACCCCACAGACAGGCUCCACUACACAGCCAACCACCCCACGGACAGGCUCCACUACACAGCCAACCACCCCACGGACAGGCUCCACUACACAGCCAACCACCCCACAGACAGGCUCCACUACACAGCCAACCACCGCACGGACAGGCUCCACUACACAGCCAACCACCCCACAGACAGGCUCCACUACACAGCCAACCACCGCACAGACAGGCUCCACUACACAGCCAACCACCCCACAGACAGGCUCCACUACACAGCCAACCACCCCACAGACAGGCUCCACUACACAGCCAACCACCCCACAGACAGGCUCCACUACACAGCCAGACACCUUGCUACUCAACCCAACAAAACGGACACGCUGUGAUUGCCUCCUGGGAUGACCUGUUUUGAAGAAUGUCCCGACCACCUGUUGCUCCUGAGACAAGAUGGCUCCCAGAAUCAGUUCCUUUUCCUUUUCUCCCGUGACAUAAUCCAGUUUGUUUUGCUACAUUACUGACUGACAUGUUGUUGCAGUGUCAUGUACACAUUUAAAGUGGCGGUUAAAUAAAAAAACAACAACAUUGACAACUUUCAUAACAGUUACAUACCAAUAUAUAUUUUUAAUUAAAAAUAAAUAAA